CCCCUCGUGUUACGCCUCCUCGGGCAUCGUUUUACACCUAGCCCCGCAGUUCCGUGCCGGGAUACCGGCGGUAACCCCUGCGUGGAAAGGAUGUCACGGCGUGAUGGGACGCAACACGCUCCUGGGGUUUGAAUGGAAAACAUCCGUCACAAGGGCUGGUCUUGCUUAAAACUCCGCAAGAGGCUAAGGCCCGUGUGAUUUUUCUUUAAUUAAUACAGAGGAGCUAACGAAGUGAGGAUUUAUCUCUAUUAUCAACCCUGUUUUCAGCACAAAUCCAAAACAUAGCCCCAUACUAGCUACUAUGAAGAAAAUUAACUCUAUCUCAGCUCAAACCAGGACAGGGAAAGAAAAGGUUCUUCAGAGGGAAAAUUUCUGGACAUUGAAGAAUUGAUGACUGUUUGCAUUGAUCUGUGGUGGCUGGUUGCCCUGUGCUGCGAGCAUCCCUGGUGCAGCUCUUCAGGAAGCAAUUCAGAAAACAUGAGGAGGAUGCUCCAGGAGCAUCUGCUCACAGAGCUGGGUAAGGUACAUGUCAGAGCCAACCCUCAGACCAGGGUGACUCUCCCAGUAACUCCCCAAAAACCCACCAGCAACCAUACGUGCUUCUCCCAGGUACAGGUGUGUGAUGAGGGUGUUGUUUAAUCUGCGGGGUGCAAUUUAUCCUAAUUAGCUCACUGGGGAAAGUUAACUUUGCUUGAAAUGUUUUUAUAGCUCUACAUUCUCUUUUUAAUAUCUCUUGGUCUUUAAAUGUCAGCCACUGGGCAGAAUGGCUACAGCUCCUUCCCCGGGUCUGGAACAGGUACAGAUAAUUUUAGAACUUGAUUUAUGCAUACAGAAAGGUCCGUACGAAUAUAUAGUCUUCACCCACUGCAACUGCUGCCUUUGUUGUUAUUGCUGCUGUGGUGGGUCAGUACAGCUUGUCUGUCAUUUGUUAUAUAAAAAAAAAAAAGGCAUAAUACUCUGCAAUUUGCUUGUAAAACUGUGUUUUAGGAGUUUAUGAAAAUGCUGUAAACUAUGCCUUGGCGGGCUAACUGAUCUGUUGUAUUUUUAUUAACCAGAAUGAAACCAAAGAUCACUCUGAGUUGUGCUUUCUGUUGAUAAUUUACAGGUCUAUUUUACUUGUCCUUUAAUAAGAGAAGUGCUAUAGUGCUGACAAAACAGGACUCUUCUGAGCAUCAACAAUCACAGAAGAAAGCAGUUCUCAGGAAAAGAAAGCUCAGUGACUCUACAGAGUCGUGGAAAGGCUCCAAAUACCAGUUUCUGAGAGGAAGAGCAAAGAGAGUUAACGACAAAAACUGAUGGACCAUUACAUCUUCCAAAAUGAGCCUAUUCACGCUUUUCUACUGGAAACUAUCAUGUCUUGAAGGUAUUUUUCUCCUGUCAUGUCAUGAGAUAUUUGAUUGUGAUACUGCAGUAGAAGUAACUUUUCUGAGCAGCAUAUUCAAGGACCGGGAGCUUGAAAGCGUAAACACAAACACAGUGGCCCCUUCAAGGCUAUGUAGGUUCAGGUAUUGCAGUAUAUGCAAGGUAUAAUCAUUUUUUUUGUUUAUUUUGUCUGCUGUUUGGCACAAGAGAGAUUCCCCUGGCCCCCAACUGCUGCCAACAAUUAAAGACAGUUACCAGUCCCCGGCGGGAAUAAAUGUUUCCAGCCAACAUUUACAGCCGGUUCUGUCCUGGAAGAAUGGAGCUACUGCUGCUAUUGUCAGCUGGAGAUGUAGGGAGGCUUCCUUUUGGCUCUUCAGUGAGAAAUAAGAUGUAAAAUAUAGCUCUGGUGGUGGUAGCUUUGCUGGUUGCCCAAGAAACACUGCAGAAGGGUUUGCAUAGCUAUGGCUCAAACUGUUUCACGUAUCUCUCCUUUCUUCUGUGGCAGAGGGUCCUGACCUGGGGAGUAACCAUGGUCACCUUGAUCCUAGUAAGGAGGGAUCCUCCCUGUAGUUGAACGUCACAAAGUAUGACUAAGGCUGAGUCUCCUGGAGGUGUUCUUAUUGGAUUUGGCCUCUUUCUCCAGAGGCUUGCAAAGGUCACCAUUCUGCAAGGAGAAAUGCUGUGUGACAUCAGCUUUCGGGAAGCUGACAAUUCAAAGCAGCCAGCAAUGAAAAUCAAGGUCCUGCUUUAUCAAUGGUGAUGCAUUCCUACCUAAGAGAGAAGAAUUCACUGCUGGACUGUCCUAAACAUUAUUCAUGGUGCAACUUCGGAGAAGAGCUCGAUUUAUCUGACUUGAAGAGGAGGCACAUGUGCAGUAAGCCAAGAGGACAUGGGCUUUCAGUGCAUCUGGAAAAAUGAUCAGGUACUGGGUCCAUGUGUCACAUCUGAAUUGUGUUGUACUGAUUCUCUAAGUACCAACUUGGACCAUCUCCUUGAUGCACACUCACAGCAUCAUGGCCAGUACUCAGGAGCGCCUGAGCUUGUCUUCCUCUCCAAACUCGAACGGCAAAGCUUUCUGUGAAGAUAAAGACUUUAGUAGGUUACAUGAUGAACAUGCACCUACUGGAAACCACCCGUCCCCCGAGCUCAUAGAGGAUGUGCGUGAGAAGGGCUUGCUGCAGGCAGACCUCAUCGAAAACAUGAGCAGCCCGGUCACCGCAGCAGUGCUGACCAGCAUCAGCGAGGACUCUAGGGACCAAUUUGAGAACAGCGUGCUGCAGCUGCGAGAACAGGAUGAGUCUGAAACAGCCAUUCCUCAGGGCAACAGGAACACUAUGGAUGGAGAGAGCAACAGCGGAGCGGAUGAUGUUAAAGUCCAGUUCAACAGAUCAGGCAGUGGGAGCGGUGGGUUUCUUGAGGGACUUUUCGGUUGUCUGAGGCCCGUGUGGAACAUCAUAGGCAAGGCGUACUCCACAGACUACAAACUGCAACAGCAAGAUACCUGGGAGGUCCCGUUUGAGGAGAUCUCGGAGCUGCAGUGGCUGGGCAGCGGCGCACAGGGAGCUGUCUUCCUGGGCAAAUUCCGGGCGGAGGAGGUGGCCAUCAAGAAAGUGAGAGAUCAGAACGAAACAGAUAUCAAGCACUUGCGGAAACUCAAACAUCCUAACAUCAUCGCAUUCAAGGGAGUUUGCACUCAAGCCCCGUGCUACUGUAUUAUCAUGGAGUACUGUGCGCACGGACAGCUCUACGAAGUGCUGCGAGCGGGGCGGAAAGUCACCCCUCGGCUGCUUGUGGAUUGGUCCACGGGGAUUGCAAGUGGGAUGAAUUAUCUGCACCUUCACAAAAUCAUCCAUCGAGACCUCAAGUCGCCAAAUGUUUUAGUUACACACACGGAUGCAGUAAAAAUUUCAGAUUUUGGUACAUCUAAAGAACUCAGUGAUAAAAGUACCAAAAUGUCUUUUGCGGGAACUGUGGCUUGGAUGGCCCCAGAGGUGAUACGCAAUGAGCCCGUCUCUGAAAAGGUGGAUAUCUGGUCGUUCGGGGUAGUUUUGUGGGAGCUGCUUACAGGAGAGAUUCCCUACAAGGACGUGGACUCUUCAGCCAUCAUUUGGGGAGUGGGCAGUAACAGCCUGCACCUUCCUGUCCCUUCCACCUGCCCAGACGGUUUCAAAAUCCUCAUGAAGCAGACCUGGCAGAGCAAGCCCCGGAAUCGUCCCUCCUUCCGGCAGACGCUGAUGCACCUGGAUAUUGCAUCUGCUGAUGUGCUGGCUACUCCUCAGGAAACCUAUUUCAAAUCACAGGCUGAAUGGAGAGAAGAAGUGAAGAAACACUUUGAGAAAAUUAAAAGCGAAGGAACUUGUAUCCACCGGCUAGAUGAAGAAUUGAUUCGUCGUCGAAGGGAAGAGCUGAGACAUGCAUUGGAUAUCCGCGAACACUAUGAGAGGAAGCUGGAGCGAGCCAAUAACUUAUACAUGGAGCUCAGCGCUAUUAUGCUGCAGCUGGAGGUCCGUGAGAAGGAGCUCAUAAAGAGGGAACAAGCAGUGGAAAAGAAAUACCCUGGGACUUACAAACGCCACCCGGUCAGACCAAUAAUCCACCCCAAUACAGUGGAGAAGCUGAUGAAGAGGAAGGGGGUCUCCCAUAAACCAGGCAGCCAGACUAAACGGCCAGACCUACUGAAGUCAGAGGGCAUACCCAGCACAGAAGCAGCAUCCAAUGGCUCACCAGUCUCAGGAAGUCCCAAAAUGUCAACGCUGAGUGGCAAAAGCCGCUACCGCAGUAAGCCACGUCACCGCCGAGGGAACAGCAAAGGCAGCUACAAUGAUUUUGCAGGGAUCUUGAAAAACCAGCCAGUGCAAGAUGAUGCACCCCCACCUCCACCUCAUAAUCAUUCUCAUCAUCCCGGCCUCCCGCAGCAACCUGGCCACAGCCAUCCCCAUGGCCAUCACUCACGGCUUCAUGCCCACGGACAAGAUAUUGCCAACUGUGCAAACAACUUAAGGUACUUUGGCCCCGCAGCAGCGCUGCGGAGCCCUCUCAGUAACCACGCGCAAAGGCGGAUGUCUGGUUCCAGCCCCGAUCUCAUCUCCGCUGCCAUGGAAGCAGAUUGCCGAAGGAAUCUGGAGACCCAAGAAAGCAAAGCUGAUCAUUGGGAGUGUUGCAAAACAGAUCCGUAUAAUUCCUGUCUUCAGUGCAGGGAAGAGGACAGUGGUCAGGUACAGAUGUCAUCUGUUGAAACAGGGAUGAGCCAUUCCCAAUCACCAACGUCCGUUUCCCUGUACGAAAACGCGCAGUUCAUUGAGAAGAUGGAGGAAGAGGGAUUCAGCAGCUGUAAGUCAGCGUCCGCCCUAGGCACUCCCCAGCACAUGGCUUCCUCUGUGCUGCCUUGCAAAGCAAGACCCCUUCAAAAGAGUGGUGAUGACUCUUCAGAAGAGGAAGAGGGCGAAGUAGACAGUGAAGUGGAGUUUCCUCGUAGACAAAGACCUCACCGCUGCAUUAGUAGCUGCCAGUCCUAUUCAACCUUCAGCUCAGAGAACUUCUCUGUGUCAGAUGGAGAGGAGGGGAACACAAGCGAUCAUUCGAACAGCCCGGAUGAGCUGGCCACCAAGCUGGAAGAUGAGCUGGCUGAGAAGCUGGAGGACAUGUUGUCCCAGACUCCAGAGAUCCCCAUUGAAAUCUCCACCCAGUCUGACGGGCUUUCAGACAAAGAGUGUGCUGUGCGGAGAGUCAAGACUCAGAUGUCUUUGGGCAAACUUUGUGCGGACGAACACAGCUGUGAGAACCCAGCACAGUUUGGAGAAUCAGACUGUGACUCUUCUGAAGGGGAGUGUUCUGAUGCCACGGUCAGGACCAAUAAGCCCUGCAGCUCUGCUACUUGUCAGUCAAAGAAAUCAAUCAAAUCAGUGUUGGAAAAGCAAGAACUCGCAAACCGUGGAAAGCACAUUCUGCAGAGCCUGAGCACUCUUCUGGGGAGGAAACUGGAGAUGCCUGUACUGGACUUGGAGAAGCAGUCUGUCCCCUACAACAGCAUCGAUAGCCAGCAGAGCGCUGUGUGUUGAGGGGGAAGACUGAGAAUCGCUGGCCUAGAUAAGAGCAUCAGCCCCGUUCUGUCUCCUUAUUCACUGUACGUUCUUGAAAGCGUUAACAGCUGCCUGCCCUUCCUGUCAGGCGUUGUGCAAAACAGGUUGCAGGGGGAAUCUCGACGGUGGCUGUGGCACAGCUGUGUCUGGGGCUUACUCUGAGGCCUCUGUUUCUCCUUCAAGCUGAAACUCUGCAGGUGAAAGCGAGGAUAGGACUGGUAUGUGACAGGCCGAGGCAUUGGCAGAUGAGAAAAAUUUGUUUUAUGAUAGAACUCAUAGUGCCUUCCCUUCAAACACUACUCUUCUAAAUCAAUAUUUAAAGAGAACAAAACGAUAGAGCACGUUUCCCUCCCCCCAUCCCCUCCCCUUAGUCGAUGUCCCCCUGCAAGAGCCCCCACUCUGCCCUUCCUAGCGUGCUGGCUGGCGCGGCUGUGCCACGCGUGUGCGGUGCACGGCCGCGCUGCUGGGUGCUGCUCUGCAGACUGGCACACCAGCCUGAGAUGAACGGCAGGAAUGGACCGUGGACAGGUACUUCUGUUGCUUUGUUUGUUUACAUUUUAUGUUAAAAUACUGGUUUGAAUUUAACUGUGGUAAUUUAUAGCCUCAUGGCAAAAUGAAGGAAAAUGUCUUACUUAUACAGAGAGCAGUAUUGUAUGAGUUAAAUUAUCCCAUAUUUUUAAAUUUUUGUAGCUGGACUACACACAGAUCUUAAGUUAUGAUGUUAUUUUAUUAUUUAUUAUCAUUUCUGUAGAUCAGAAGGUUGGCUUCACCGCUAGCACAAUUGUAAUCUGUUUGUGUGAUGUUACCUUCUCCCUGGUCGCUGGGAGGGAUGGGAGCAGAGCUGGUCUCAGUGGCUGUCAGUAGUUGCUCCCUCUCCUGAUUUCCAAGGAUGCUGUUAUACCGGGGCAGAGAACCUGCCGAGGCUGGUCCGAGAGGGAUGGAUGCAGUCAGCCCCAUGGGCCCUGUGAUAUUCCUCCUGGUCAAUGCUGCAAUUUGCCCAUGUUGGCAGUCCCUGAGUCAGUGGGGAAUGGUGAUCAGGGAGUGAGUGGCUUUUGAAUUGAUCACAAACUUGAAUGACCAUCACGAGAUCCCCUGGCAAGAGCAUCCAAAUGGACAAGCGGAGAGGAGGGCAGUUGCUCUGGCAGCGGGUACGAGAUCGGGGUGGCCAGCAGUGGAUCCACGUGAUGGAUCACCCGUGCGGGACCAAACAGGCUGCUGGAGAGGGAGCGACCAGCUCACCCCUGCCUGCAGCAGCAAUACUCAGCUCUGGGUGGAGGCAGAAUGCCCUGAGGAGUGAAGCUCUUUCCUGGCUUGUUUCUCGUUUCUCUUCCCAUCCCUUGUUUCUCCUCCCAAAUGUUCUCUGUCCCUUGGCCAGCGGCAGGAGGAGGUGGCAGUGCCAGAGGUGGCUUUGCUGUCAUGGUGUGAGAGGGGUUUUGGCGCACAUGAGGCGGUGCAGAUGGUUGCUCGGGAGGCUGGAGGCCGGGGUGCAGGAAUUUAGCAGCGGAGAUCUGUGUGCGCGUAACAUAUGCACACGAAGAGGAAGACCAAACUAUUACAUAAAGAGAAGUUGAGAACUACCAUCAAAUGUCCCCCAGAGCAGAGGAUGGUGUCGAAGAUGGGCCCUGACGCCCCUGGAGAGACUCUGCCGCUCGGAUCUGGCAGGCUUGCUGAGCUCCAAGAGGCAGGGCUGUUGGCUGCUGUGGGCAGUGCGAUGCCGACCCAGUGCAUGGCCCUGCGGUGCCCGCUGCCUCUGGGCAGUUCUGGUGUCCUAGGGCAGCCCGACAGCAACGGGCUCAGGCUGAGCCUCCGUGCAGGGACUUUGGUCUGCAAUGAUCCAGUCCCUAACGAAAAGAUCCCGGCAGGGUUUUGUUAGCUGUCGUCUCUGCUUAGAGCUCCUCCGCCAUGCAAGGAAGCUCCCCUGGGCUUGCAGAGAAGCAUAGAAGCUUUGAUGUGUGGGAUUUUGGGACCCUUCUGGGCCAGCUGUCCCCGGUGUGUGCUGAUUCCUCCCCGUCCUUGCCCGGGGACACGCUGGCCCGUUCUGCAGCCUGGAAGAGCAGAGCUGAACCCUUCAGGUUGCCUGCUGCCACACUUAGCUCGUGUUUCUUUACACGCCCGCGUCAUUGCACAGUUACAGUCCAGCGUCGCUCCUCCUAACUGCUGCCUACUAUGCAGUGUCCCUCCGGGACCCCCAGUAGGGCUGCCCCCCCUUGCCUGAACACGUAACCCUUUACCCGUGGAGCCGUAAUGAUCCCAGCCUCCCCCUGCACACACAUCUGGUGCCCUCGGCUGUGCGGGCAGGGGUGGCUCAGCAGCCCCCCACCUUCCCGGGACGGUGGCUGUCAGUUCUGCGGGGGGUUCUAUAGGCAUUUUCCUUAGUGAAACCAAGCCAGAACUGCACGUAGACGUCAUCUCCGCAUUGCUGUAGGGGUGCCUCUGCUGCGGUUCCUCGCACUUUCCCUCCGAGCAGGGUACAGGGCUGAGGGGUGUAAAUCGGGCUGUGUCCUCCUCGCAGUGACACCGCAUUCGCAGGACAGAAGUAAACCGUGGGUUCCCUUUUCAGCAUCCCCACUCUCCUGAUCCCGUUCUCGUGGCUGCUGACAGCUCCUGAACACUAGCCUAGAUUUUCUCCCAGAGCUGAAUGUUGCCUUCCCCACUGUCGUGUUAAGUAACCAUUUCAUCUUGGCCCUGUCCAGUAGUGUUCAUCUCUCUCCUCCCUGCUCUGCGGAUUCCUGAUACAAACUUGAUUUUUUUUGUAUUGAACAGUGUACAGUGAUGGAAACAAGAAUGACUAUCAAAGCAAACAAUGCAUGGAAUAAAAAGCCAGUGUACUUCAAUGCUUUUCAGGCUGGUCUGGUGAUCUGGGAAUGGUUUCUUAUGUACUUUGGGAUAACGUCAUGAAGCCUUUUAAAAACUAA